UGCUGUCGCCCCGCACCCCGUCCCUCAAACUCCCAGUCGCGGCGCUGCUCCUCCCGCUCAUAUUCCCGCGCACCCUCUGGACAAAGGGGAGGAGACGAGAGCGAGGCGGAUCAGGACUCGCGAUCACAAACCCGCCCUCCCCAACCAGCGGGAAGGGAUGAGUGAGGCGGUUGGUCCAGCGCGUGGUGAGACGCGGGGGCCAACAUGUCAAACAUAAUCCAAGAAACUUCUACAGCUGGAACUUCUUGUUCUGAAGAUGCUGAUACUAAGCUAUCCUUCCUACCUGAAAAACUAAGGGAAAGAUUGCUUCCUUUUCAGAAGAAAGGCAUUUUGUUUGCACUUCAGAGAAGCGGCAGGUGUAUGAUAGCUGAUGAGAUGGGACUGGGGAAGACAAUCCAAGCAAUUGCCAUUUCCUACUACUAUAAAAAGGAAUGGCCUCUCUUAAUAGUAGUCCCUUCAUCUCUGAAGUACCCUUGGAUUGAUGAGAUGGAAAAAUGGAUUCCAGAACUCUGUCCAGAUGAUAUCAGCAUCAUUCAGAACAAAACUGACAUUGGGAGAAUAUCGACCAGCAAAGUGACAGUUUUGGGUUAUGGCCUACUAGCUACAGAUGCACAGACUUUAGUAGACACUUUGUACAAACAAAACUUUAAGAUAGUUUUGGUUGAUGAGUCUCACUGUAUGAAAUCCAGGAAUGCAACCCGCAGCAAGAUUUUAUUGCCAAUUGUGCAGAAUGCUGCACGAGCAAUUCUUCUUACUGGAACUCCUGCUCUAGGAAGACCUGAAGAGCUUUUCAUGCAGAUUGAGGCACUUUUUCCAAGAAGAUUUGGAACCUGGAAUGAAUAUGCAAAAAAAUACUGCAAUGCUCGUGUCAGGUUUUUUGGUAAAAGAACUCUAUGGGACUGCAGAGGGGCUUCAAACUUAGGUGAAUUACAUCAGUUGUUAAGUAACAUAAUGAUCAGACGCUUGAAGAAUGAAGUUCUAACCCAGUUGCCUCCCAAAAUUAGACAACGCAUUCCAUUUGAUCUCCCAAAAGCUGCGGCUAAGGAACUGAAUACCAGCUUUGAAGAGUGGGAGAAAUUAAUGAGGGCUCCAAAUUCAGAUGUCGCUGAAAGCCACUUUGUUCAAGUCAUGGGUCUGAUUACACGCAUGUAUAAACAAACUGCCAUUGCCAAGGCAGGAGCAGUAAAGGACUAUAUCAAAAUGAUGCUUGAGAAUGACAAACUUAAAUUUCUGGUUUUUGCUCACCACUUAAGCAUGCUCCAAGCUUGUACAGAGGCAGCCAUAGAAAACAAGGCACGUUACAUUCGGAUAGAUGGAAGUGUUCCUUCAGUAGAAAGAAUCCAUCUUGUCCAUCAGUUUCAGAAGGAUCCUGAUACUCGUGUGGCCAUCCUGAGCAUUCAGGCUGCUGGUCAGGGUUUAACUUUUACUGCUGCCACUCACGUUGUGUUUGCUGAGUUAUACUGGGACCCUGGACACAUGAAGCAAGCAGAAGACAGAGCACAUCGAAUUGGACAAUGCAGUUCUGUAAAUAUCCACUACCUUAUUGCAAAAGGAACUUUAGAUCCUCUUAUGUGGGCAAUGUUGAAUCGCAAGGCCAAAGUUACAGGCAGCACGUUGAAUGGGAAGAAGGAGAAAUUGCAGGCUGAAGAAGGUGAUAAGGAGAAGUGGGAUUUCUUGAGUUUUGCUGAAGCCUGGACCCCGAACGAAAGUCUUGAAGAGGUCAAGAAUGAAGUUUUAUUCACUCAUUUUGAAAAAGAAAAACAACAUGACAUUCGUGCCUUCUUUUCACCAAAACCAUCUGCUGAGAAAAAACGCAAAAUUGAUUCUUGGGAUAAAUCACUGAACUUUACUGCAGGAGAUUCUAAAGUCACACCGGGAAAGGACAUAGAGGAGGGCAGCAGGCAUUUGGACGCCAGAGAAAUAAUUGAUGUGGAUGCAAUUUGUUAUGAAAAUGGCUGUGAGCCUGAAGCUAAAAGACCAAGAGCUAUAAGUACACCCACCCAAAGCAGCUCCAGUGAGAAAAAAAGAAAAAUUUUGCCUGGAAAAACAAACACUUUGUGUAUCAAAGAAACUGAUCAUGGUCUUUCUGGUGGCUCUCUGUCUAAUUCAAGGAAAAAAUCACCUUUAGCCAAAGUCUGGUGUUGUAGUCUUUGCACUUACACUAAUAAUUCGUUAUUACCUUAUUGUGAAAUCUGUGAAUGUCCUCGUGGUAGUGAUGAUAAACAGAAUACAAAUCAAAUGAAUGAUCCUCCCUCUACUCUGAGUGAAGGAGAAAAUGCAUCACAGGACUCUAGAAAAAUCAAAGGUAUAGCAAUAUGCAAUGCAGACAAUGAGAGAAAGGAUUUAGUACAAACAGCGACUGAAUCAUCUGAUGAGAUUGGGGGAGAAGUCGCUAAUGCUGUUGAAAAUGGAUCUGAAGAAUGUGAGCAAAAGCAUCAAGAAGGAUGUGUUGAUAAUUCAGAUACUUUUCCAGUGUAUGAUGUGCUGAACUUCUGUGCAAGUAGGAAUACUGAUAGAAUUCACCUCUAUACAAAGGAUGGAAAAUCACUGAACUGUAAUUUUAUUCCAUUGGAUAUAAAAUUGGAUAAUUGGGAGGAUUUACCAGAGAGUUUUCAGCAAAAACAAAAUCGUUCAUUGAUUCUGAGGUUUGUGAGAGAAUGGAGUAGUCUAACAGCCAUGAAGCAAAAAAUUAUCAGAAAAAGCGGCCACACUUUUUGUAGCCCUAUUCUUGCUGCAGAAGAGAUUUCUAAACAGCAGGCCAGGCUGAGCAGCACCAAAAGAUAUGUGACAAAAGAGGAUGUUGCUGUAGCCUCACUCAGCAAAGCUAACAGCAGUGGGGGCAGCGUAUGCUUGGUCACAAAGAAAGCUGCAUUUUACUUGAAAAACGAAGGUACUUCUGCUGGAAAAACAGAUGGCCAUUCCACAAAGUUACUUUUAAAAGACGGGAAAGAUUCCCCUGUUCUUAAUGCAGAUUCAGUUCAGGCUGAAGUUGUUGAAGAUCCUGCCAUAUACAAAGGAUAUUUACAGGCUGUAGAUGAUAAAGGAAAUCCACUUUGUCUUAGCUGCCAACAACCAACAGUUCAUCUCGACCAACAUUGCAAAUCUAUUGCUUGGGAAACACGAUUUUGUUCUCUUAAAUGCCAGGAAGACUUCUUAAUUCGCUCUAGUCAGAGUUACCUGAGGAGUAAAGUAUUUGAAGUCGAACAUGGUGUUUGUCAGCUUUGCAAUCUCAAUGCCCAGGAACUCUACCUUAGCAUCAAAAAUGCACCUAGGAAUCAACGUAAGAAUCUUCUGGAGAGUUCUUGGAUGUCUCAGCUUCCAUUAGGACAGUUAAAUGAAAUUAUAACAAACCCAGCAGAAGGCCAGUUCUGGCAGGUGGAUCAUAUCAAACCAGUUUAUAGCGGAGGAGGACAGUGCUCUCUGGAAAAUCUUCAGACUCUAUGUACAGUUUGUCAUAAGGAGAGAACUGCUAAACAAGCCAAGGAAAGAAGCCAGAUGAAAAGACAUUCUUUAGCUUCAAAAUAUGGAUCUGAUAUCACAAAAUUUUUUGUAAAGAUUACAUUAGAUGGUCAAUGUUUCAAAAUAUGACUGAAUCCAACUGAACCUGAAGCUGAAUUGAACACACAUGUGACGGAGAACACUGUAUUUCCUAUAGGAGCUUGUUUUGUAUUAGAUAAAAUAAAAUUUGCGUUCUCAGUACCUCCAGAACAUAUUCUCAUUUGCAUAGCUCAUGCUGACAGCUAUGUAUCUCUUUCUCUCACUGUGAUCACAGUCUUGUUACUUGAAUUUGGAAGGGUAACAUCCAAAGUUAGCUCACUAUGGCAGCGGGGUAUUUCACAUACUGGUUAAUCACCUCUUCUUAGUUGUUUUCUCUUUAAGCAAGUAAAAUUAGCUGGUAAAGUAUCCUUGAUGCCUCUCAGAAAACUUUUUAAAAAUUACUUUUAGAAUAUAAAAAAAAUUGUUUCUGUGGGUUUUUUAUUAACUUCAGGGGUUGUCACAACAAAUUUUUUGGUGGCUACCAACUCUUGCUGGUGGCCGCUCUGAUGAUUUUUUCCUAAAAUACUUACUUAAAUGUAGAAAAAAACAAAUUCAUAUGCACAUACACAUGUCCAAAUCAUUGUAAUUUAUUUAUGUAGGAUUUUUUGAAGACUAAUUAAUAAAAAUAAUGUACAGUUGUCUAUAUUCUUUACUGAACCUAAACACAAGAGAAACAAUGUCUGUACAAUUCUGAACUAAAUUUAGAAAUCCUUUUUCAUAAUAAAAGUCCAAAUAAUAAUUAAAAACAUAUCUCCAAAUAUGUCCAAAAUUUCUCUUACAUAAGUGUAGGCAAAAAAAUCAAUCCAAUUCAGUAAUAAUAAUGAUGAUAGUGACAACAAACAGAAUCCUCUUACAUUGUACUUUAGUAAAGUUCUGGGUUGUAUCUGACUAUGUGCAAAAGUUCAGGAGCUCUUUGAAUGGAAAGUCUGAAGAAUCCCAGGUCUUCUGUGAAACUAGAAGGGAAGUUUCCAGGUUAGCAUCAGUGAGCAGUUUCAGUAUGUGUUCUUUCAGAAAAUGCAGUUCACCAAAUGCCCUCUCACACAGCACAAUAGUAGAAAACAAGGACAAGAAAAGAAAAGCAACUCUGCUUGUAGGUGUCCUCAAACAGGUAUACAUUACUCCAGACCUCCAGUACUGUAACACUGGACUGACUGAAAUAUGUUUGCAUUCUUGCAUCAUUGUGCAUUUGCAGCAUGAGGUACUUGAGAGUGUCGAAGGAAGUUGAUCUGUCUUGCUAGGCAGUUAUUUUGUUUGCAGCCAAAAAAGGUGAACCAGAAUUGCUGAGUGGGUCGGUCACAAAGGUGUACUGAUGGAAAAAGUUUUCCUGAAACAAUUUUCAAGAGCCUCCAAGAGGAUACUCAGGUAUUCAGUUACAGCUAAGCUGACCUUUCACUGCACAUUCUCAUCUUGACAGCUGAGAAACUGACUAAGCUGAUAAAAAACUGUAGAGUCCUGUUCCUCCUGUAGGUGCUGGAUGAUGUCAGUGAUAGUCAUUCUGAAUGUAUUAAUUACUUCAGUUCUGUCAAAUAUCAUUAGGUGAGGUUUCUGAAACUCCAGUUCAAGGAAGCAAGCUUUGGUAAAAACUCUUUCAAAAAUAGCAAAAAAAUCAUGUACUUCUGGAUUUUGUAGCUUUUGGGAUAGUUCUGGUAAAACUGUGUUCAAAGCCUCAACAAGCUCUUCCCGCAGCUCAAACAGCCUCUGUCAUUAAAACUAAGCCAGCAGACCAGGUUGUAAUUCAGAAGCACGUUAUGUGUCUCUCAGCCCAUUUUGCACCGAGUUGCAAAUCUCCCCUUAUUGACACCGCAGGCAUGGAUGUACUUUUUCACUACAGAUUCAAUCUCAUCCAUACUUUUCAUUGCAGCCUUGCUGGCAAGUACUUCUUGGUGGGCUAAACCGUGAAACAAAACGUUUCUGAGUUCAGCUCCCCUAUUUUUGCGCCUUGCAGAGCCGCUGCCCCAUCAGCUGUCAAGCCGCACAGACUGUCAAAGUUAACACGGCACUAUUCCAUUCUUGCCUGAACACAUUCAAAAAUGGGUUUGCCAGUUGGCCAAUCACUGAGGCUCACCUGAUAUAAAACACCUUCAGACAAACAAUGGCAAUCACAGUCAAAAAUGCGAACGCAUACAAUUACCUUGGGAUUCCUUGUGACAAGGCUAUCAUAGGAGCAAAAACAUGAGAACUGUGACUUUUUUUUAGCUAUUUCUUUUUCUAGAAAAUUCAGCAGAUCGCUUGUGCUCCUCCGUCACAUGUUGUUGCUCAGUAGUAUAUCUCUGACGCGUAUUUUCUGGUUGUACGGCCAGAACACUUUUCUUCGAGUUCUCUGUCGCUGAAUGGUUUUCUUGCUUUCCCUAAAAGUAGUGCAACUUUAAAAGUAGCCACCCUUAUCUAAUCCACUUUAUUAAAAAAAAUCUCUGAGCCCUCA